UCUCUUCUUGUUUUCUGCUUCUUAUAUCUGUUUUUGCCACUGUCAUGCUGUAAAUUAUUAGCUGCUUGGCACUCUCUUCUUAGUGGAUUUGUAUCUGCUUCUGUGAUUAUGUAAAUGAUCGAUGUUAUUAUUGGUCUUAUUCUUUUUAUUUAUGUUUGUGUUUGUGCUUCUGUUUUAAUGUUUAUUGAUGCUUUUCGGAAAAGUCUAAACGGAAGGAGCUGUAGCCGCCGAGGGGGACAGACCGUGGGUGCCGUUGCCGCUUGUGGAAGGUCUGUAUCUCGGCCCCCAUCACAUCGUUCCUCUUCUCCUCGCGGUCGCUCGAAAGUUUACGUCCAGCUCGUCGCCUCGCAUUAGCCGUUUCUCUCUCUCUCUUUCUCAAGUCUUUUUCUCUCAGUCCGAGUUCGGUCGAUUCUGUCGCGAAGGUCUGCUCUCUGUCCGAGGCUCUGAGCUAACUUCCCUUCCUCGUCGCGGUCACUUCCCAUUUCUCCCUCCGGGUUCGAUCCAGGUGGAACCAUUGAACCAGUCACUUGACCGGUUUUUCAAUGACCGGUUCUGUUCUUGCAACCUUGGUCCCCAGUUCCAAUUGCAAUUCCAGACCAUGGUGGUGGUGGGACUGGCCAUCACUCUCUCAAAGGCCGUCACUGAUUUCUCCUUGGCGCACUACUCCCUCCAUCACCGCCACCGCCACCGUCUUCUCCUCCUCUCAGCAACAAGACAUCGGCAUCAUAACAAGCAUUGAUUCGUCCUCAUCCUCAAUAAGCCCGAGUUUCGAAAGACUGAAAACUCAGAAAGUCAAAGCUCUCGUCCACAGGUCUAAGCAGCACAGAAACAGAAGCACUGACGAUGGUCGACCACGUGAUUCAUCGCCAAAGCCAAACCCUCGUUCAAGAGGAGGAUGGGGGGAUGCUGGAGGAUCCUUCCGUUCUCUUCAUUCUCAGGAGCUCGCUCCCGACACCAGCUUCUUCAGUGUCAAGUCCUUCAGGGAACUAGGCUGCGCUGACUACCUCAUCCAAUCACUCCAAAAGCUCUCUUUCCCGCGCCCUUCCAAUGUACAGGCCAUGGCAUUUGCACCUGUUAUUGCUGGAAAGACUUGUAUUAUAGCUGACCAAAGUGGUUCUGGAAAGACUUUAGCAUAUCUUGCGCCAAUAAUUCAGCGUCUUAGGCAAGAAGAACUAGAAGGACACAGUAAAUCCUCUCCUCAAGCUCCUAGAGUUGUCAUACUAGCACCAACAGCUGAAUUAGCUUCCCAGGUCUUAGAUAAUUGUCGAUCACUGUCUAGAUCUGGGGUUCCAUUUAAAUCUAUGGUUGUCACAGGUGGCUUUCGACAAAGAACUCAACUGGAAACUUUACAACAGGGUGUUGAUGUAUUAAUAGCUACACCUGGCCGUUUUUUGUUCCUUAUGAAGGAAGGCUUCUUGCAGUUAACAAAUCUAAGAUGUGUUGUUUUAGAUGAGGUAGAUAUUCUCUUUGGUGAUGAGGAUUUUGAAGUGGCUCUUCAAAGCUUGAUCAAUUCCUCACCCAUAACUACACAAUACUUAUUUGUGACUGCAACUCUACCAAGAGAUGUUUACAGCAAACUGGUUGAAAUUUUCCCCGAUUGUGAAAUGAUCAUGGGACCUAGUAUGCACCGAAUAAGCCCACGCCUUGAAGAGAUCAUAGUAGAUUGCAGUGGAGAAGAUGGGCAAGAAAAAACUACUGAUACAGCAUUUCUGAACAAGAAAUCUGCUCUUCUGCAGCUUGCAGAGGAACGCCCUGUUCCAAGAACUAUUGUGUUUUGCAACAAAAUUGAAACAUGCAGAAAAGUUGAGAAUGCAUUAAAGCGUAUAGAUAGAAAGGGAGCAGUUAUACAAGUUCUAGCUUUCCAUGCUGCCAUGACACAAGAAUCAAGGCUUGCAAGUAUGAAGGAGUUUGCACGUUCACCGUCAAAACAAGUGUCCCAGUUUAUGGUUUGCACGGACCGAGCAUCAAGGGGAAUAGACUUUUGGGGAGUGGAGCACGUGAUACUGUUCGACUUCCCGAGGGAUCCAAGCGAAUAUGUGAGGCGUGUCGGAAGAACGGCGAGAGGCGCCAAGGGUGUGGGGAAGGCGUUCAUAUUCGUGGUUGGCAAGCAAGUAUCACUUGCACGCAAAAUCAUGGAAAGAAAUAGGAAGGGUCACCCCUUACAUGAUGUCCCUUCUGCUGUUACCUUCUAGUUUUCAGCUCGGCGAUGGUUUGCAAUGCAUGAACUCAUUUUGUGUAUGAAUGAAGAAAAAUUCACGUUUGUUAGUUAUGGUGAUGUGCAAAAUCCAAAGGAACUACUAAUUUAUUCUCUUCUCCUAUUAUCUUAUACUAGUAUAAAGCCCGGGUUACGCCAGGUUGUGUACAUUAUCUAUUUUAUUGUAUUUAUUAUAUAGUUUAUUUAUAAAAAAAUUAAUAUAUAUUUAUAA